AUGCGUGUGGCGUGCGACAUUGCCAAGGAGUGCAUUGAGGUCCUUCAACCGCACCAACACCCGCCCGAAGGCAUCGUGGACAACUUGAUGCACUUCCUGACGCAGAAGUGUGUGGUCAAGUGUCGCACCUUGAGCGAUGAAGCUGAAAAGAAGAGUGGCCAGUUGCACGCCCAACUCGAGUCUUUGAAGGACAAGUUGAAGGCAGCGACGAGGCCACCGAAUUCACCCAAGGCGAAAGGAAAAAAGGCUAAGGCUAAGGCUAAGGUGAAGAAGAUGUUCAGCGGGAGUCGCGCCCGUGUAGACACGCUGAACCAGAAGAUCAAGGAUGUCCAAACAGAGAUCAAGGAGCUUGGUACAAACCUCAUGAAUCCCCAUGAGGUUGACCUGUCCGAAUUGGCCGACGCGAGCAAGGUGGCAUUGGUGGUUGAAAAGUAUCAAGCAUUCCUGGCAAACAUUGCCGUGAAGGGAUCUGGGACUCCUUUUGACGAACUACUCCCACCAACUGCAAGGGCAAACCUCGAGUAUUUGCUGCAGCAAAAGCGGGUCCAGGAUGCCUUGCAAUGUGGGGAGGAAGUUGCAGCGAACCUCGACCAGAACCCAGCGCAUCAGCUCCAUGCGGGCAAAUUCAUGCCGACGAUCCUUGCUAGCAUUUCUCACAUGUGGUUUGGCAACUAUAUUGAGAGGUGA